AUGAGCGCUGCACCAGGAGAGAAUGGGGAACAGUCUAUCCCGAUCGAAGACGUUGCCAAUAAUGCCGAAGUCGAAACCCCUAAAGAGCCUGCAUCGGAAGAAACCAAACCUCAGGAGAAAACUGCUGUAGUCGAAUCUGAAGUUACGGGUGUUAAGCCUAUAGCACAGGAAGAAAACGCUGUCGAUAAGAAUGAAAAACCUGAGGAAGUAGUCGUAGUCAAGCCCGAGGAAGUUGUAGCUAAGCCCGAAGAAGCUGCAACGAGUACUGGAGGGGUUACAACCCAAACUGAGGAAACUGUAGCCGACGUAUCAACUGAGGAAACUAAGGCAGAAAUCGUUCAAACUACUGUUGAGACUACUACCGAAGUAACAGUCGAGACUACAGAAGCUGUGACGGAUGCAAACGAUCAACCAACAGAACCCUCAACAGAUGCAACUCAAACAGAUAUAAACAAACCCCUUCCGGAAACUCCUUCAGAAACUUCACCGAAUCCUCCAAAAGCUCCGUCAAAAAGAAAGAGCUUUCUUUUGAGGGCUAAGAACUUCUUCAGCAGCAGCAAAAAACAAUAA